AUGAGUUCAAAAGGAAUUACAUUAAAUAGUCGAGUGUUUGAAUUUAAUGAUAAUUUUUAUAAAGAUAGUGAUAAACUUAUGUAUAGAUUUUGCUAUCGCAGUAUUAAUUACACUAUUCACUCAAAAAUAAUAGCACAUAUUGAAAGUAAGGAUCAUAAGAAAAAAAAAGCUACUGUAGAACAUACAAAUAACUCAUCACAGCAAUUAAUACUUACAACAACUAUAAAAGCUGCUGAAUCUAGAAAAGAAAAUGUCCGAGAAGAAGAUGCGAUACCAGCUGCAGAUACAUUACAAAGAGAAUAUUUAUCUAUUGUUUUUAAGAAAAGUAUAACAGAUCUUAAAAAUUUUUUUAAAAAUAAAAAAGUAUCAAUAUAA